AUGGAUGAGAAAGGGGACCCGAGCACUGAUGACACACCCAAGGCCAUCAAGCCCACAAGUAAAGAGUUCCGGAAAACCUGGGGCUUCCGAAGAACCACAAUUGCCAAGCGUGAGGGUGCAGGCGACGCUGAGGCAGAUGCUCUGGAGCAGCCGCCACAGCCACCGCAGCAGAACCUUUCCUUGAGGCGCAGCGGGCGGCAGCCCAAGCGCACCGAGCGAGUGGAGGAAUUCCUGACAACGGUCAGGCGCAGGGGCAGGAAGAGUGUUCCCGUCUCCCUGGAAGACACCAAUGAGCCCACUUCCUGUCCAGUCACUGAUGUCGAGACUGCCUCUGAAGGGAGCGUAGAAAGCACAUCUGAGGUCAAGAGUGGCCUGAAGUCUGACACUGCAGGCAUUAAGGAACAAGCAGCUUCUUCUGAAAAAACCAAAGGGGAGGACGAGGACGACGACACCUCCGAUAGUGACAGUGAUGGGUUAACAUUGAAGGAACUUCAGAACCGCCUGCGCAGAAAACGAGAGCAGGAGCCGAACGAUCGGCCCCUGAGAGGCCUGCAGAGCCGCCUGAGGAAGAAGCGGCGCGCAGAGGACCCCGUGGAAACAGUGGGUGUAGAGGCUGACGAGUGUGCUCUGCCCUGUGAGCCCGAGCCCGAGACUGGCCAGGCGGCGCGAGAGGACAAGGAUGGGAAACCGGAAGGGAAAGUGGCUCAGGAACUUGAAGAGAACGAACUCCCAAAGUCAGUCAAGCACAAACCCGAGUGCGAGGUUUAUGACCCCAACGCCCUGUACUGCCUGUGCCGACAGCCUCACAACAACAGGUUCAUGAUCUGUUGUGACCGCUGUGAGGAAUGGUUCCAUGGCGACUGUGUGGGCAUCUCAGAGGCCCGGGGGAGGCUUCUGGAGAGGAACGGGGAAGACUACAUCUGCCCCAAUUGCACCAUCCUGCAAGUGCAGGACGAAGCAAAUUCAGAAAGCACGGGCCAGCCGGAAACUAAGAGACAGGGAGACGCUGAUAGUACAGAUUGUACAAGUAUAGGAACGGUAGAACAAAAGUCUAAUGAAGACCAAGGAAUAAAGGGGAGAAUUGAGAAAGCUGCAAAUCCAAGUGGCAAGAAAAAGCUCAAGAUAUUUCAGCCUGUUGUCGAGGCUCCUGGUGCCUCGAAAUGCAUCGGCCCUGGGUGCUCUAAGGUGGCGCAGCCUGACUCAGUUUACUGCAGCAGUGAGUGUAUCCUUAAGCAUGCUGCAGCUACUAUGAAAUUCCUGAGUUCAGGUAAAGAGCAAAAACCCAAACUCAAAGAAAAGCCCAAGAUGAAACCAGAAAAGUUCAAUCUUCUAAACUGUAGUGUUCAGGCCGGCAUUAGAAUCUCUCCUAUGUACAAGAGACCAGCUGCAGACAAAAGAGAGAACCUUGUGAAGAAGACUGUGGUGGUACCCUCUCGGACUGAAGCCCUGAUGAAGGAAGCAGCCCCUGAGAGCAGUACACCGUCCUGGGCGAGCGAUCACAAUUACAAUGCAGUAAAGCCAGAAAAGACUGCUGCUAUUUCGACGUCAUUGUUGUAUAAAUCUGGGAAGGAUGACCAGAGGGUGAGGGAGAAGAUGGCAGCAGUGGUUGUCCCUAAGAAAGUGGCGCCAUCAGGCCCUGUGCUCAGCAAGCAGCCUCCUACCCUACCUGGGAGCCUGGCUCCAAAGAAGCCACCUGCUUUCGCUCAUGUGUCAGCAGCCAAACAACUCGUCAAGAAGUCACCCUCAGCUUUCAAGGGGACAAUACCCAAGAGGUCCUGGCUUUCGUCUGGGUCGUCAGGCAGUUCCUCUGUCACUAAGCAGUCAGGACUGUCACCAGCAGCUUCCGGACCUAAGAAGUUACCAGGCCCCUCUGCGACUGGAGCCAUCAGGAAGCAAGCAGCUGCAUUCUCAGCCUCUCCUGCCCCUGCUCGGCUCUCAGCUGGGGGUCCUGCCCCAUCACAGCCGAAUUCACAGAUUCGGCAAAACAUACGACGGUCUCUCAAAGAGAUUUUGUGGAAAAGAGUCAGUGACAGUGAUGAUCUCAUCAUGACUGAAAACGAAGUGGGCCGGGUUGCCCUCCACAUCGAGAAAGAGAUGUUCAACUUGUUUCACGUGACAGACAAUCGUUACAAGAGCAAGUACCGCAGCAUCAUGUUUAACCUCAAGGAUCCCAAAAACCAGGGACUCUUCCAUCGUGUUUUGCGUGAAGAAAUCUCUUUGGCAAAACUUGUGAGAAUGAAGCCUGAAGAGCUUGUAUCUAGAGAGCUAUCCAUGUGGAAAGAGAGACCCGCCAAAUCCGUGGCAGAGGCCAGAGCUAAGCUGCAUCAUGAAAGCAAGAAGGUUGCUGUUAAACAGGAGCCCAUUCCUGAUCUGGAAGAUUCCCCACCCGUGUCAGACUCGGAUGAGCAGCAAGAGUCUGUCCGCGCAGUGCCAGAGAAGAGCAGUGCGCCCCUUCUGGACGCCUUCAGCAGUAUGCUGAGAGAUACUACCAGCCAACACCGCGCACACCUGUUUGAUCUCAACUGUCGAAUCUGCACAGGUCAGCUUCCAUCAUCAGAUGAUGAGCCAGCUCUGAAGAAACCCAAACAGUCCACGUCUAAGAAAGAGGACACCAGGCCCAGGUUCGACAAUGUGCUCUCAGAGCCUACUCCUCACUCCGAUGAGGGGAGGCCAGCAAGUCCACUUGAGAGUGCUGUUGAGCCAGAGCCGCAGCGCACACUUCACCCAGACUCCACCGAGCGAAGUCACGUCCCUGUCCCGCCAGGAUUUGGCCAUCCGGAGCCAUCCCCCUUGCUGGACUUUGCCUCCUUCCCGGCCUCCUGUGGGGGCCCAGUGAUCACCACGGUCACUGUGUCUGGCAGAGACCCCAGGACUGCCCCAAGUGGCACGGGCCCACUCCCGGCCUCUAUAGCAACGCGCUCCAGCAGCCUUCUCGUGGACAGUGCCCACCUGGCAGAGAGCAGACCAGAUGCUCCGAAGCCUGCCCUGGCGUCUGUGGUGAUGCCGAAGUCCAUCCUGGCCAAGCCAUCCUCGUCACCAGAACCAAGGUACUGGACACUUCCUGUCUGGUUGUUUUACAGUGUCUCAGAGUCACGGUCCCCUCCAGAAGGAGACACGGCACUCUUCCUGUCCCGGCUUGGCACCAUCUGGAAAGGGUUCAUCAACAUGCAGAGUGUGGCAAAAUUUGUCACGAAGGCAUAUCCUGUGUCUGGAUGUUUUGAUUACCUCAGUGAGGAUUUGCCAGACACGAUUCACAUUGGCGGGAGGAUUUCACCGAAGACAGUCUGGGAUUAUGUUGGCAAACUCAAAUCUUCUGUUUCUAAGGAGCUGUGUCUGAUUCGCUUUCAUCCUGCCACAGAAGAGGAGGAAGUGGCCUAUAUUUCCCUGUACUCCUAUUUUAGCAGCCGUGGCCGUUUCGGGGUUGUAGCUAAUAACAACAGACACAUUAAAGACCUCUACUUGAUCCCGCUCAGCGCUAAGGACCCUGUCCCAGCCAAACUCUUGCCCUUUGAGGGACCAGGUCUUGAGUCGCCACGUCCGAAUAUAAUCCUUGGGUUAGUAAUAUGUCAAAAAGUAAAGCGCCCUUGCACUGCUGGAGAGGUGGACAAGAUCGAGGAGAAGCGCAGCCGACUUCAGCCACAGGAAGACGGGGACAUUUCAUCCCAUCCCAGAACCACCCCUGCUCCCCAGGCCGACAAGAAGGCCCCCAAGUACCAGCUCUGCUCCUCAGACUCUGCAGUCAGCAGCACGCCCCCCGGUUCCCCGCCUCCACCCCCGCCCCCACCUCCGCCCCCAGAACCACUGGUCCCUCCAGCUUCAUCUUCAUCAUCCGUGUUAAAAAUUCUGUCCUCCAUCAAAACAGGAGCCCCCAGUACUGCCCCCACGUCAGCCUCAUCCCCAGCCGUUUCGGCUGCAACUGCUGCCGCUGCUUCAGCUACAUCAAAGACCGCCUCCCCCCUGGAGCAUAUCCUGCAAACUCUGUUUGGGAAGAAGAAAUCAUUUGACCCCUUGGCCAAAGAAUCUGUGGAGCCCCCUCCGGCACCCCUACCAGACUCCAAAACCUGCAAGGUAGACGAUGGGGUGUCGGCCGUUCCCCUGUUUGACCCCAUCGUUCAGCAGUUUGGACAGUUUUCAAAGGAGAAAGUUCUGGAAGAGGAGGAGGAUGAUCGUCCCUAUGACCCGGAGGAAGAGUAUGAUCCAGAGAGAGCCUUCGAUACCCCACGUCCCCAAACUGACAUGGCUGCUCAACCCACACCUGAAGAGCGGGAGGAGGUGGCGUACGACCCAGAGGAUGAGACCAUUCUAGAGGAAGCCAAAGUCACUAUUGAUGACCUGCCCAACCGAAUGUGCACCGGCAUUGAGAGCGGUCCCGCGGACAGGCCUGCAGACUGCGCUCCAUCUCUGGUGGAGCAGCAGAAGCUGCUGGAAGAACUGAACAAGCAGAUUGAGGAGCAGAAGAGACAGCUAGAAGAGCAAGAGGAAGCACUGCGGCAGCAGAGGGCCGCGGUCGGGGUCUCCAUGGCCCACUUCUCUGUAUCAGACGCGCUCAUGUCCCCACCGCCAAAGUCAGCGAUCACCAAGGCGGAGCUGUUCCAGUCAGAACCGCAGACUCCAGACAGAGCGGCCCUGCCCCCCACCGCUAGCCAGGUGGCCCAGAGUGCAGAGGGCAGGCUUAGCCGGGACCCGAGGCAAGCAAGGAGGCUGGUCACAGAGAGCGGGGAGAGCGAGGCGACAGCAAGGCCACUGAACACCCCAUCACCUGGAGAAAAGGCCCCAGCAGUGCUUGAGGAUGACCAGCCCAGUACGCCCCUGGAGAGCAAGCCCCUGGUGGAGGAAACACGGACCCCGGGCACAGGGGACACGGCUGCCAAGCCGGCACGGAAAGUCCUUCUGCCAACACCCCCCAGCACCGCCUUCGCCCUGCAGAGCUUCAGGCCGCCGUGCUCCAGCACAGUGUUUACCUCUCAGGAAAAAUCUUUGGCUUCGUCCCAGAGUGAGGAUCCUAGAAACCCACCAUUCCCUGAGAGAAAUGACAGCUCAGGAGCUGAGCCAGAGGAAGAGAGGGGGAGCCAGCCCAGGCCCAGUGAGGUUGCCACCCCGUUUCCUCCAUCGUCCAUGCAGAAAGGAGGGGGCCCUCCACUGCAGUCCCAGGGCCAGCGGGAGCCUGUGCUGCGCACUUUUGGAAUGUCAGGACCCCGUGGCCCCAGCUUUUCAGGACCAAGGGGGCCAGUACCCCCAUUUUCAGAAGAGGCUGUCAAUAAUGAUGGACCACGGGGGCCUUUGCCUGCUAGGUUCGGGGCCCAGAAGGGGUCCAUCCCUUCCUUAUUCUCAGGGCCACAGGGGCCACAUUACGGGGACACCAGGGGCCCCUCACCUUCUUACCUUGGGCCUAGAGGGGUAGCACCACCCCCAUUUGAGGAACGCAAAGAUCCCCAUGGAGAGAAGAGAGAAUUUCAGGACACCUCGUAUGUGGACAUGGCCGGCUCCCCGGCCCAGUUUGAAGGCCAGGAGCAAGCCCCAUUCAUGGGUCCACGAGGCUCUGCACCCUUCCAGUUUGGGGGCCAGAGAAGACCACUGCUGUCACAAUUCAAAGGACCCAGAGGAGGGCCCCCUCCCUCCCAGUUUGGGGGUCAGCGUGGACCGCCCCCUGGCCACUUUGUGGGUCCAAGGGGGCCCCACCCCAAUCAGUUUGAAGGACCCAGGGGCCAGGCCUCAAACUUCAUGGCAGGACCCAGGGUCGUACCCCCGCCGCAGUUUGAAGAGCAGAGAGUGAACUCCCCACCACGCUUCUCAAACCAGAGGGCGCCGGCACCUCUCCAGUUCGGGGGGCCCAGGGGCUCCACACCUUUCUUGGAAAAAAAUGAGCAAGCCCCGUCACGUUUCCACUUCCAGGGCCAGCCCCCUCAGGGGUCAAAGCCAGCACCUAGACCCCUGCUGGAGCUCCCCAGCCACCCCCCACAGCUCAGGAAGGACCGCUGGGACGAUGUCGGGCCUGCUGCCACAUUAGGGUCCAGCGCUCCCCCACCUGGCCCGGAACCUGAUGCACCAUGGCCACCAUCCGACUUCCGAGAGGGCAAAGGCCAUGAGUACAGGGGCCAGGCCUUUGAGGGGAGGCCCAGAGAGCGCUUCGAAGUUGGGCCCAAAGAGAAGGCCCUGGAUGAGUCUGAGGGCCCGCAGCAGGAUGGUCGGCAGGGUCGGGCAUUUGAGGACAGACGGCGGGAGCGGGAGCAUGGGAAGGCCUGGGAGCGGGAUCGUGGCAAGAGCUGGGGCCGGGACCGGGAUUGGGAUAGGCACAGAGACAAGGACUCGAGGAACAGUAGCCGGGACAAAGAGAGGGAGGCUGAGAGGAGCCGGGAGUGGGACCGCAGCCGUGAUCGAGCCAGAAACCGGGACCGUGACAGGGACAGAAGGAGAGACAGGGACAGGUCUCGAAGUAGGGACCGGGAGCGAGACAAAGCCAGAGACAAGGGUCGAGACCGGAGAGACAGGAGCCGGAGCAAGGAGCGCAUACGCGAGCUCAAGCCAGAGGCCCCCCCUCGGGGCCCAGACACUGCAGGGCCAGUCCCUUCUGCCCAGUGCUAG